AUGUCAUAUAAGAUUGUUAUUCUUGGAGAUACUGAUAUUGAAAAGACCUAUCACCCAACAAUUGAAGAUUCAUAUAGAAAACAAGUAGAAAUUGAUAAUCAACCCAGUGGACUAGAUGUGCUAGAGACUGCAGGACAAGGGGAACACAUACCACUUUGGGAUCAGUGGAUCAGAGAUGGAAAAGGAUUUCUUCUGGUAUAUUCUAUAUCAUCACAUCCAACAUUUGAACAAGUAGAAAUGUUUAAAGAUCAAAUAAUAAGAGUAAAAGGCUCUAAUAAAAUUCCAAUUAUACUUGUAGGAAAUAAAUGUGACAGGCAUACAGAAUGCGAGGUGUUGAGUGAAGAAGGAAUGAAUAUGACAAAAAGUCUUGGCUGUGAAUUAGUUGAAAGUUCAGCAAAGACAUUUGUCAAUGUAAACACAGUUGUUGAAAUGAUAGAGCAAAGUAGACAAAAAAAGCUAAAAAUGACAAAAAACUUCAAAUUACUAUUAAAAUCAUUAAAAUUGCAAUUAAAAUCAUUAAAAUUACUAUUAAAAAUGAAUGUAGAACAUAUUUCAGAGGAGGAAAAAUGGUUUAAAAAUCAACUUAAAAGGGAAUGUAUUUUAUUUCUUGAUUAUAAUUCCUUUCGAAAUAUUAAAAUUAUUGAUGGUGGAUCAUUUGGAACAAUUUCUUGUGCAUCUUCAAAACAUCAUCAAGGGCUUGUGGCAUUAAAAUCCAUUAAUAUUGACCAAAAAUAUACUUUUGAACAAUUUCUUAAUGAGGCAAAACAACAUUGUAAAGUAGAACAUCACAGUAAUAUAUUAAGAUUUUAUGGCAUAACAAAAGAAAAAAAACACAAAAAAAAUUACAUGUUUGUAUUGGAGUAUGCAAAUAAUGGUAAUUUAUGUGAUUACUUAAAAUACAAUUUCAAUAUAAUGGAUUGGAAUAUUAAAUUAAAAUUUGCAAAACAAAUUGUAAGUGCUGUAAGACAUUUGCAUGAAAAUAAAAUAGUACAUAGAGAUCUGCAUUCUAAAAAUAUUCUCAUUCAUGAUGGAAAUAUUAAAAUUUGUGACUUUGGAAUCUCCAAAUCCUUAUUGGGUCCUUCAAUAGAGGCCUCUAAAGGAUUAGGUACAAUAAGAUACUCAGACCCACAAUAUUUAAUUAAUGGUGAAAAUUAUAGUCUUGCCAUAAUAUUAGGUGAACGUGAAGCAAUAAUCAAGGGAACUCCAAGAAAAUAUGCAGAAAUAUAUACAGGUAAUAAUGAGAAAGCAUGCUGGCAAGGAAACCCAGACCUCCGUCCAAAUAUUUAUCAAGUUACAGAGGAUUUAAACAAUAUAAAUAUAAAUGAUGUUGUUAAUUUAACAGAUCAAACUAUUAAUGAAUUACAAGGUGAUAACUUAUUAAAUUCAACAGAACUUUCAUUCUCAGCACAAAUGAAUAGUUUAGAAAACCGUUUAAAGGAUUCGAACAAGGUAGAUGUGGUCAACAUUAUUGAGGGUGAAUUACAAAAUGAUGACUUACUAUAUUCAACGGAGCUUCCAUUAUCAACACGGACUAAUAGUUUAAACAGCCAUCUGAUGAUAAGAGAAGUAAGAAAAGCACGUGGUGUAUAA